AUUAAUUCAAUCGAAACUCAGGAUACAAGAAGUCAACAUGGGUGCGAUUUGCUUACUUGUUUUAUUAGCAGUUAAUGCAGUUUUAGGUAAAAGUGCAUUAAGAUACAACCCUGAAGACGCGUCUGACCAUUUCGAAACAUUUAUAAGCACUUACGAAAAGGAAUAUGACGAAACAGAAAAAGCACAUAGGUUUGAAAUUUUCAUGAAGAAUUUAGAAAUAAUCAAUUAUCUUAAUUCACGAAGCAAAACUGCUGUCUUCGGUAUUACGCAGUUCAGUGAUUUAACGUCUGAAGAAUUUAUACAACAGUAUACAGGCUACAGAAGCAGCAACCAUACUGCUAAUAAGACAAAAGUCAUAAGUAAAGAACCAAAAAUAAAUUUGAAGUUUGAAGAUACGCCAGAGUCAUUCGACUGGCGCGAGAAAGGAGUGGUCAGUGAUGUGAAAGACCAGCUUCAUUGUGGUUCCUGCUGGGCGUUUAGUACUAUCGCGACUGUGGAAAGUGCCUAUGCGAUCAAAACUAAUCAGUCUGUCCUUCUGUCUGAACAACAACUAGUGGAUUGCGUUACCGAUCACUGUGAAGGUUGUAGAGGGGGGCUUCCGAAUUACGCUUGCGAAUACUUAAAGUUAAAUGGUGUAAUGAGUGCCGAUAGCUAUCCUUAUGAAGGAAGAGAUGACCAAUGUAAAUACAAUUCUAAAAACAUUAAAGUUCAAGUUAAAAAUUGUUUGGAGUUAUCAGUCUCAGAAGAUGAGUUAGCCAAUAAAUUGGCAACCAUUGGACCACUGUCUAUAGCGAUCGACUCACACGUUUUACGUCAUUAUCACGGUGGAAUUAUAGCGGAUGAUUUUUGCUCAGGAUCUAAACUUAACCAUGCGGUUCUUCUUGUUGGUUAUGGAACAGAUGGAAAUGGAAAUAAAUACUGGGUGGUGAAGAACUCUUGGGGUGUUGGUUUUGGCGAGCAGGGAUACUUCAAGAUGCAGCGCGGAGUGAACUGUCUCAGCGUUAUGAAUACACCACCUCUUGCUAUUGCAAUUGUAUCUUACGCUUUCCGAUAUAACUCAACCGAUGAUCUGAUCAUCGUCAAAUAUUGCAUAGAUGUCGUCAGGGGUAAUUUGGAAAGUGCUUACGCUAUUAAACAUCAACAAUCAGUUAGUUUGUCUGAACAACAAUUAGUGGAUUGUGAUCAAAUGAGUGCUGGCUGUAACGGUGGGAAUGUGGGUUUCGCGUGCGAGUACUUACGACAAUAUGGCUCCAUGACAGAAGACAGAUAUCCUUUCGAAGAAAGAGACAACGUUUGUCGAUACAAUUCUAGAGAUAUUCGAGUUAAGGUUAAAAGCUGUAAGGCAAUACAAGUUACAGAAGACGAGUUGGCAUAUCAAUUAUUCAGCAUUGGACCAUUGAUGAUAGGGGUCAACUCCGAAAAAUUACAACCUUACAGAGGUGGACUUUUGACAGAUUGUCAGGCAGGGGCAGUUAACCACGCGAUCCUUCUGGUUGGUUAUGGAACAGAUGAGAAUGGCAAUAAAUAUUGGCUGGCGAAGAACUCUUGGGGUACUGUCUUUGGCGAACAUGGAUACUUGAGGAUGCUGCGAGGAGUGAACUGCCUUAACCUUAUGGCUGAUCCGGCUGUUACUGCUGUAGUAGAUUGA